AUGCAGUUUUUCAAGCACUUGACGGACCCAGCGCUCAAGCGGCUCUACAAGUUUGUGCUCAAGCGCAUGAUUGGACGGUUCCUGGCUGCAGACGAGCUGGAUCUGGACCAACUGGACGUGCAUCUGCGUUCCGGGCGCCUCGAGCUGUGCGAUCUCCUGCUGAAUGCUGAUGUGCUGAAUGCUGAGCUUUGUGAGGCGCAAGGGCUGCCGUUUCGGGUCGAGAGGGGAUACUUGGGCUCAGUUCGUGUCGCCAUCUCGUACGCAAAUAUCAUGAACGAGAGCUGCUUGGUCGAGAUUGACGAUGUUGAGAUCGUCUUGGUGCCGCUGAACAAGGCCGAGACGCAGCCGACUCGACCGAGCGGCGCAAAAGAUAGCGAAACGGGAGAGCAACAGCACGUGGACAGUGGUCGAGCACAUCGGAAUAGCACACACGAAGAAGUGGAUGAGAUCUCUCGGGAAGGACUUGACUUUGUGGCUAGCUGGAUUGAACAAGUGACGUCCAAGAUCAAAGUCACGCUGUCAAAUGUGUGCCUACGACUGGAGACAGGAGAGCAGCACAACGGACGAGAUGUCGCGCUGUUGUGUCGACUACAAUGGGCGCAGUUCACAGACGAGUCGGCGUCGGAAGUCAUGAGCGUUUACGGACGAAGCAGUUUGGACCAUCUGGCAGGCAUGUACGGCUCACAGACGGUCAGUGGCGGAAUGCAGUCGAUGGCAGCGAGUACGAUGUUUGGUAUAUCGCACAAAGGCAUAAAGUUCCGCGAUGUCAGUAUGAGCUUGCACUUGAGCAGUGAGGAAGAUGGUGAGACAGACAGACAGAAUGAGCGGCGCCGCACGGAACGCAGCGAUAUGGUAUUGCAUCCAUUCCUUGCUAGCGACCCAAGCAAGCAGUGCUACAUCCAAGUGAAACUGUCUCACUACGAGGCGUUCGAAGCACCAGCAGUGGAUGCAGAUGUGUUUUUCCACUCGAUCAGGAUUGUAUUGCAGCCCCAGUAUUUUCCGGAACUAGGGAAAAUAUUGGAUGCAUUCACGACAGAAGCCGCCAAUCUCGAUACGCACCGUUCUGAAGAGCGGUGCUCAUCGGGAGUGACAUUUCGGUCCAUCUGUGAAGAUCAGCCCGAAUGGAUGACUGGAAGCGACGACGGCGAAGUCAACGGGGGUGAGAAGGCACUCAACUUGUCGCUGAAGGAAUUCCAGCGCAUUGAGCAGUUGCUCCUUAACUAUCGACGGACGCAAGACGAACUGAGAAAUGCUCAUCGUGGCGCUUCGUCAACGGAUGCAAGCACUCCAUCAGCUGAGGCGCAACUACCGUUCAAGAUGCGGAAAUUGUCUGCUGCCGAAAGUGUGGAUAGUAUAGGAUUGUCCGAUCUAGACGAUGAGGACGAUGGAUUCUUCGAGUGCGAUUCAGGGCUUGCAAGGUCGAUCGCACCGGGCGCGUCUUUUGACAACCAGAGUAUGAUGGGUCAAUCCAUGUACGCGUCGGCUCGGUACGGCUUUGACGAAAAUGACAAUUGCGACGAUCGACGUCCCUUGUCGUCAUCUACAACUGCGGCCCAGAGCCGAUCUGCGCGCCGAGUGCAGUCACGAGCAAAGUUUCACUUGCUUGAAUGUCAAUGCGUUCUUCUGUACGAUGACAUGCCCGACGAUGAAGAUGAAGUCAACGAGGAUGUACGGGGUGGACACGAAGGUGAGCGUUUGGUGACCGACAGCCGUUUUCUUCGUGCUCCAGUCCGACAAACAAAGGCCUUGCCUUGUGUGGACGGCCACGAGCGAUUGGAAGUAUCGUUCAAGGACAUCAUUGUUUCUAGCUUGGCGUAUUCUCAGCACUCUUUACUCGCGUUUAGUAUCGGGACAGGUGCGAUUAUAGAGAAGACGUUUCCCCGGAUGUCGUUGGACGCUCAAGAGGAUGAAGCAACAAUGCUGUCGACAUGCGUUUUGCAAUGUGUUGAUACUUCACCAGUUUCUGGGCGACGAACGAAUUUGUCAGCGAACUUAUCGGCUCAGGUGCGUAUCGAUUUCGAGCCCGUACUCGAAGAUGGGUCUCCCGCAGCAAUUGUAUCUCUAGGGCUGCGGGUAAACGUACAACCCGUCCUUGUAGAAUGGGAUAUGUAUCUGAUAGAUAGGGCGCACCGCUUGGUAGCCCUGCUGGAAGAUGAUACAUCGGUAUCGAAGCAGAAGCAGCAAGUGGCAGGCACGAGAAAUGAAGCUCAGAAAGUCGUGAGAACGCUCGACGUGACAACGGAAUGUGUGCAGGUGACACUACGGUUUCCGAUGGUCAACAGCGACCUUAUUCGCUUUGGCCCGUCAUCAAAGCGGGGACUGUGCGAAGACAAGCUUGUGAUGACUUUGGAGGGUGUAAAGGUUCUUUCGACCUCUCCACGCGCUGGUAGUGAGGGUGACGAGGCCUGUGUGGCAGGCACAUCAACGCCACAUGAGUACAGGAACAGACGUGCGCUUUCAUGGUUGUCAGAGUUUGAUACUUCAUUCGACAAUGCCAAGGUAUCAUUAUUGACUCCUGAGCAUGGGAAUCAACGAAAUGUACGUCUCGAUGAGUCUGUACUUCUCACUGCCUGUAGUGACAAAUGCUCUGGAAAUGUUUGCACACUCCGCUUGCGGCUCCAAGUCCCAUCGCGCGGCGAGAUGGAGGAUGCCAUUGCCAGCAAGCAAAAUCUGUCUCAAGAUUCGAGCCAAAGCCCCGAUGGCGCGUCGGCCAGCAGCUCACCUGAUGACGUUAGUGGUGACGAUAACGAUGGUGGAAGAGUGGGCCUAAACGGAUGGAAUCUGGAUGCUCUGGAGCGUACAGAGUCGUACGAACGAGCGGCAGCAGCGGCUUCGCUGUAUUCAGUAGAAAUCAGUCUGCCCAGUGCGAACGCAGUGUUGUUCAAGUCAUCGCUGGAUCGCUUGAUGGUGCUAUUUGACGCGCUGUUGAUGAUCAACCCUGUUGAUGUGGAUAGUUACAACCAGAUGCUUGCUGCGGCUGCGCUUAGGAACCGCUUGUUGCCUUGUUACAUGAGCAUGAACUUCGUAGUGAGCGAGGGAACUCUGCGUGUGUGCGACUACAUUUCAUCGUCUGCUGCUUCCGUCCCGUCCGAAGUCAAUGCGACUGGACAAACAGCGUCUGAUUCGUCCGAGUCCGAGAAGGUUUUGUUCACGUACCAUUUCGCGUUCCAGACUCUUAAAGUGUUCCAGGUGUCUCAAUGGAUGGGGCAGCUGGUCUCCCGUGUUCACGUGCUGGCCCAGAACACUACUUUGCUGGAAGAAGACGGUCGUACGAAGGCUAUUGUGCCAAUCGUUUACAGAACACCGUUUGGAAUGUCGAGAGCUCCUAUCUGGUUUAUGGGUGUCGACAUUGCUGACCAAACUAAUGCGAUGCGCGAGAUGAAAGUAGACUUGCACCUGUCGCACCUUAGCUUACGCUACGAUGUACGCUCGAGAUGGCUGUAUCAGUUGCUGGAUAUGGUGCUGAUGGAAUAUCCUGUUCCAAUCAUACCACUGGACUCGGCGAGUAUGUCGGAUGAAGAAAGUGCAAAGCUUUUCGAAAUGACUAGUGGAGUUGACUACGACGUUGUGCCGCUGGCAACCGCGUCGAAGACCGUGUUCACGAAGCUUUUCGUUAAUUUUUACGAUGUGAUAGCUGAUUACGCGCCGCUGACACUGACGUCACGUGUGAUUCUCGUGCUGGGAACGGUCAGCGUCUCUUCCAACGUUGUCACAGGUGCUGUCAUGCAAGGAUUUAAGCUAUCCGUAGGCGACCUGGAGCUUUUCCUGACGCAAGCACGUCCAGGCUACGAAGAAAUCGACAACGUUCUUCUCGGCAACGACAUCUUCCUUUGCAGCAGCUCCAAAGCUCUGAAAAAGAACAAGCUCAAGUUUGCGGAUAGCUACGCACGAGGAGGCGGUGAUGGCAGUAUGGGCACAGAGUACCCGUCCUUGCUGACAUUUCUGGAGAAGUUUGGAUUUCUGCAGAUCGUCACGAUGGAUUUUGUGGAUGUUUUCUUGCGCGUGCUCGUGCCGCCUUCUGCACUUGAGGUUGCCGCAGCGCAUCCUGACCGACCCGAGAAAAAGGGGCCGGCUUCGUCAACGUCACCAGAGUUAUCAGUGGAAUUGAAUUUGGGCACGGCUAAUGUCUAUGCGUGCUUUGAUUCGUUCAAUACGCUGGUCGAGCUGCUUGCAGUGUGGACGAAUCAGCUUGCGGUUGCACAGGGGCCGCGCGACACUACUGCGUAUGUGGGCCUGGACGGAUCGGUUGAUCCUUUCGGUAUUUCAGUCGCCACGAAUCUGAGCCCUGCCCCUGCGAAUAUUUUGCAGCCGAUGAAUACCGUGUCUGAGUUGUUACUGGGCUCACAGGGAGUAGUAGACUUCUGUAGCAGUAGCAGCGGGCGAAACGAUCGGCAUUCUGUCAGCGGAAGUGGCGAUUUAGGUGAAGGUUCUGUCAGUAUUCUGGAGCAGAUCGAUGAAGACGCUUUUGGUGGUGGGAAGAAGAUAUUUCCUGGGAAAACGGUCGCAAGCGAUACGGAGGCCCGUUUGUUGCGCACACGAAUGGAUUCUAUCAAGAGAGAGAAGAACCGUAUGGUCCAUGGUCUUCAGCGCGACGACCAGUUGUCUGCGUCGGAGUUGCGAUUGCGACACGAUCAGUAUGAGAGGCGCGACUCCACGAAGCCGGUUCGGAUCAACGAGCUUGUCAUUGAGGACUACUAUUCCAAAACGAGAUCGUUCGACGAACAUGCACACGAGUCCGCGGGGGCAUUUCUUAUGGAACCCUUGCCAGAUGAUACGCACUCAGGAGAGGCUGCAGCUGGCGACAACCCUUGGUUUACCUCGGCAAUCGGCAGCGCACCAGGCUGCUCGAUAUCAUUGGACUCUUCUACUGAGAGAUCAGCACUGCCGCAUCAAGGACAAGUACCGCGGUGGCUUGCGUCUGGUGGAAGUACUGGCGCCGCUGGUGAACGCGAAGAAUGCGCGUCUGAAAGCAAAUUCUAUCGCGAAGCGCUUCACAUGUUCGAGCCAGUGGAAGAGAAGUCUCGUGUACCAUCUUCUGGACCGCACAUGAGCUCACGAGCAAGUGUUGGAUCGACAAAUGCAGGUUAUGGUGAUAACGGAGCCAUGGAUAUGGUUGAUGGUGACGAUUGCUACGUGAAUCAGUUGUCAGUCGGCGCAUAUCCGGCUGCGUCCAAGAACUGGUGGGGUAUGCAGAAUCGACUCGAUGACGUCGGGCUAAGUGAUCAACAAACAGAAGAGACCGCAUCGUCGUUUUCGCACCAAAUGGAUAUCUUGGAGGAAAAAGGGACAGAUCGUCGAAUGUCAUCAGAAGAAGAGCAAGCGGAUGGCAGACAUUACAACGACGUGUAUCCUAGUGCCAUGUCCAUGUCGAUUAUUGAUGCCGGCGAGGACGAAGGCAAAGAGGUCGAACUAGAUUUCGCGCUCGACAGCAAUCUUCAGUCGCGGCUCAACCGGCUGCUGGACAUGGAAUCGAAUAGCGGUCGUGAAUUUCGGGAUUCAGGCAUUGAUGAUCGUGGAAGCGAUACAUACCAUAACGAAUUAGCGUACCAGCGCUUGGACAGAGACGAGCAGCAGCGCAGCUUCGCCAUGGCACCGCAUUCAUACACAACUUCAGCGCGACGGGCAUCCUUUUCGUCGACCAGUAGCCACCACGAGGACUCUUCAUCAUAUCGAAGUCAGACGGGUUCACCGCGAGACCAGCCUACAGCACGCUGGUUCUACGAUGAUCAACGGUUUGAUGAUGGCGGCCUCCCCAUGACUGGCCCGCCAUCGCGAAUUUAUCCGCACCACGUAGAAAUACCCAUUGGUGGCUCAGCAACAUCCCUAUCGUUUGGCGAAAAAGAAUGCGAGGAUGCCAUAAGGUCCAUUGCACGAGAAAAUAUGGUACGAAAAGUAGAGGCGCCGCCUCCGGUCGUCGUGCGGCACGUGCUACUGCGUAACUUCAACAUUUGCGUGCGGUUCUUUGGUGGAUGCGACUGGACACGCGAUGUGAGCGAAGCGGUAAAGCUCCACUCGCGGAAGGACGGACCUCCCACGGACGUGCGGCCACGAGAUAGGGGUGCUGCCAGGAAGGAGAAGCUUUUGGACGCGUUGUUGGACAACUACGUUCCUUCCGAUGGAGGCGAUCUGUUUGGCAAUGAUAGCAGCCCACCUCUAUUCCCCUGCGCGAAAAGCGCACCUACUACAUCCUAUAUGAAGCCUGACCCGGCGGCAUGCAUGAAGCGUGUUGCGUUACGCGACAGCCCGCAUAAAUCACGAAAGCGCAUGCUAAAGAAGAGCAGCCGUAAAACAGAGGAAAUGCUGGAGCUAGUGGUAACUCGGAUCCAGUUCCGUCUCGACGUGUUUGAUGAAGCUGAGUCCCAGUCGCUGGCAUCUCACGCUGUGCUGGCACUGGGUGAUGUGGAACUGCUGGAUUACAUUUCAACGUCCCAGAUCCGCAAGAUUGUGUGCUACUGGAAGUCGGAAGCGACGCAUCCACGUGAAAGUGCCAGCUCGAUGGUGCGAUUGCAGUUGACGUCCAUCCGACCCGGUACCAACUUGUGUGAAGAACACCGACUCAAGGCUCGUUUGCUGCCACUGCGCGUCAACCUCGACCAGGAGGUUGUGAAGUUCUUGCGGCAGUUUGUGCCAGCUGAGGAUCCGCUGGCCCCAAAAUCGCGUCCAGCACAGCAACCGGUUGACGACGCAGAAGAUGAUGCCGAGGCGACAAUGCACGAGCACGGGGUGGAGUUGCAGUUCAUUGGCGAGAGUGUACCUACUGUCGAGCCCGGUGUUUGCUUGGGCGCGUGGUUCUUCCAGAGCGUCGACAUUAAGCCGUGCAAAAUCAAGAUUGACUACCGGCCGAAUCAUGUCGACUACGCGGCGCUUCGUGCUGGCGAUUACCUCGAAGUGAUCAACUUGUUUGUGCUCGAGGGUAUGGAACUCUUGCUUCGACGCGUGCAAGUGAGCGGACUGGAUGGAUGGACUGCUUUGGGCGAGCACGUCCUGGUGUCGUGGGUGCAGGACAUUUCGCGGCACCAGAUCCACAAGUGCGUUGCAAGUGUGUCGAUGCCUCCUCUGCGUCCAUUUGUAAACAUUGGCGCAGGCGCAGCAGACCUGAUCUUGCUCCCAAUGGAGCACUACGGACGGGACCGGCGGCUUGUGCGUGGCAUGAAGAAGGGUGCAUCGAGUUUUCUCAAGUCUGUGACGAUUGAGACACUCAACACUGCGUCGAAAGUGGCUCAGGGCACGCAAGCGCUGCUCGAGCACGCGGAUGACGUGAUGUCGUCGUCGUCUGCGCUACGUCACAAACAGCUCAAGUAUCGACAGGCGGGCAGUCGUAUCGCUCGAAACUCGCGACGUUUGGGUGGCGGCGGUAUUCGCAAUGCACAGGACACGGGUGGAGGUAUUGGAGGUCGUCAGUACCUGACCCAGCAGCCAGCUACUGCUGCAGAAGGUUUCGGUCAAGCUUACAACUCGCUUGCGCGCGAGCUGCACGUGGCUGCCAAGACGAUCGUGGCCGUGCCACUUAUCGAGUACAAGAAGACGGGCUCGCAGGGCUACGUGCGGUCCGUCAUUCGGGCUGUGCCCGUGGCCGUGCUACGUCCAAUGAUUGGUGCGUCGGAAGCUGUGGCCAAGGCAUUGAUCGGCGUGCGCAAUGCAGUGGACCCGGAGCUCAAAGAGGACAUUGAAAACAAGUUUAAGGACUUUCGGGCGAUCUGA